CAUUAAACUAACAGAAUAUUGCUAAUGUCUGGUUUAAGAAUAGAGUGGAAGUAAUGAGGUCUGUGAAUUGUAAGUAUUAGCCUGGCACAAUAUUUAAGUGCACUCAGAAAAUCCCAAAGAGUACUUGAAAUUAUAUUUUGCAGUCUCUGAAACGAUUGUCGUACUGUGCAGACUCAUUCCGUCAACAGAAAUUACUUUUGGGACGUUACUGCUGCCGUUGAGAGCUAUCCACGUUGUUAAAUGCAUGCUUUUCCUUCGAGUUGAAAGAUUUACUGGUCCAAACGAUACAAAUGAGUAAAAGAAAAGAGUUUAUGCUGCUAGAAGUACAGUGACAGCGUUACGCUUCGGAAUAGGAUGGCACCCCAGAAAACUAAGCACCUGACGGAUUUGGUAUUACGUAGUGUGUUGUAUUUUUACAGGUGCCUCUGAUUAACGAGCUUGAGUCCGCAAUGCACCAGCUGUACAAACAGCGAGCUUCACGCCUUGUCCAAAGACGACAAGAUGAUAUUAAAGAUGAAUCUUCGGAGUUUUCAAGCCAUUCAAGUCAGUCCAUCUUGAAGAUAAAGCACUGAUGGCACCAAAUCUUGAUUCUUUUGGACGAGACAGAGCGCUCUAUCAAGAACAAGUGAAGCGGCGGACUGCAGAAAGAGAGGCCAGAAGAGCCCGUCGUAGGCAAGCAAGAGAGCAAACUGGGAAGAUGGCUGAUCACCUUGAAGGCCUUUCGAGCGAUGAUGAGGAAACUUCAACGGAUAUUACAAACUUCAACAUGGAGCGAGAUCGCAUAUUAAAGGAAUCCAGCAAAGUUUUUGAAGAUGUUUUGGAAAGCUUUUAUUCAAUUGAUUGCAUUAAGUCACAGUUUGAAGCUUGGCGUUCAAAGUACUUCGCUUCUUAUAAGGAUGCUUAUAUUGGCCUCUGUUUACCAAAGCUGUUUAACCCUUUAAUCAGACUUCAGCUGCUUAUCUGGACUCCGUUAGAGGGCAAGUGUCGAGAUUUUGAGACUAUGUUGUGGUUUGAAUCGCUGCUGUUUUAUGGCUGUGAAGAACAGGAGCAAGAAAAAGAUGAUGCUGAUAUUUCGCUAUUGCCUACCAUUGUGGAGAGAGUUGUUCUCCCUAAAUUAACAGUGAUUUCUGAAAAUAUAUGGGAUCCUUUUUCUACAACACAAACAUCUAGAAUGGUAGCAAUGGUACAGAAAUUAGUAGAUGGAUACCCUUCAGUGGUGAAUGCUGAAAACAAAAAUACACAAAUGCUUCUAAAGGCAUUGUUGCUGAGAAUGAGGAGAACACUUGAUGACGAUGUAUUCAUGCCAUUAUAUCCGAAAAACGUCUUAGAAAACAAGAACUCUGGUCCAUACUUGUUUUUCCAACGUCAGUUUUGGUCUUCUGUUAAGUUAUUAGGAAACUUUCUCCAGUGGUGUGGAAUCCUUUCGAACAAAACUCUCCAGGAACUGUCAAUAGAUGGUCUGCUAAAUAGAUACAUUCUUAUGGCUUUUCAAAAUUCAGAGUAUGGAGAUGACAGCAUUAAGAAAGCUCAAAGUGUCAUUGCUUGCUUUCCUAAGCAGUGGUUUGCUAAUCUAAAAGGAGACAAGACUAUUUCUCAGCUGGAAAACUUCUGUAGAUACCUUGUUCAUCUGGCUGACACAAUUUAUAGAAACAGCAUUGGUUGCUCCGAUGUAGAGAAAAGAAAUGCAAGGGAGAACAUAAAGCAGAUAAUAAAGCUUCUAGCAAGUAUCCGAGCACUGGAUCAUGCUGUGGCAGUUGCAAAUGAUCACAACGUAAAAGAGCUAAAGAUUUUAAUAGAAGGGAAAUAGAACUUUUCUGACAACUCAUUUUGAGCUUUAAAACCAUUCCUGAUGUGUAAUUUAUGUACAUAUGUAAAGUUUCUUAAAACUGUAAAGUAUUGAUCCUUGUUUUAAUACAAAGUGCAUUCUUAUAUACAGCAUCCUUAAAAAAAA